UUCAUAAAGAUUCAGAGUUGCUGUAACAGUCGAGAAGUCUCGAUCUUCACCAUCUUUUCCUGUACUUCAUUGAAAUAACUGACUAUCGCGGUCGGGAAGAUGCCGAUGGAGGUGCUCGCGUGUAAAACGGGGUGGGUGGUGAGUAAGUGAUCCGUAUAUAGAAACGCCUCCGCGUUCACCAACACGACUGCACACCUGUCACGCAUAUAUACGCAGCACGGUGGCCGAGGCGCACACUUUUUGUGCUUGAGUUCGACUAAACCUCUACCGGCUUGACGUCGUGAACGUUUUUUGAAAUCCGCGGAAGAACACCUACGAUCUGAGAUGCCUGGACGUCCGCUUUGGCAGGUUGCUGGCAAACGAGAACCGGAGCAGGAAGCUGAAGCUCAGCACUGGUUAGAGACAGUAGUAGGGGAGAGAUUUCCUCCAGGUGUGAGCUAUGAGGAUGCUUUGCGGGAUGGUGUACUGCUUUGUAAACUCAUGAACAAAUUGCAACCGGGUAUCGUCCCGAAGAUCAAUACUUCCGGCGGUGAUUAUAAAAUGAUGGACAAUCUCAAUCAAUUCCAGAAAGCGUGCGUGAAAUAUGGAGUACCGGAUGUAGAUCUGUUCCAAGCGGUCGACCUUAUGGAGAGGAAGAACAUCGCGCAAGUGACUAACACCAUUUUCGCCAUCGGUCGCACGACGUACAGACACCCGGAAUGGCGUGGACCGUGGCUAGGUCCGAGACCAGCGGAAGAGAACAAACGAAACUUCACGGAGGAGCAAUUAAGAGCUGGCGAGAGUGUGAUCGGUCUUCAAGCUGGCACUAACAAGGGUGCGACUCAAGCUGGCCAGAAUUUCGGUGCAACGAGAAAAAUUCUCCUUGGGAAAUAAUGGCUAUCGUUUUUAUGUAUUCUUAAGAUUUGUUAAUAGUUCAAAAUUAAUUUUAGACCGAACUCACUCCUCAAGGUUUUAACAAGCGAAUUGUAAUUAAACCUAUUAAUAAACAAUUACACUUGAGA